AUGAAUCCUAACCUUAACAAUCCCUCGGGAAUUCACCAGCAUCAUCAAACUUCCCACUCGGUCUCCCAACUGCAACCCUCUCUCCAUCCCCUCCACAGCCAUACCCACCUUCCCCCCGCUCACACCCUUCCUGCCCACUCGCAUCUUCCCCAUCAGUCCCACCAGCAUCAGCAGCACCCCUCAAAUCCCGCCCCGAUACGCGACCCCUUAGACCGCCAGCAGCAACAGCGAUCGAACAUUGAACACUAUAAGAGCUCUGCAGAACCUGCUUACAGCGGCUACAUCGGCAGCACCCAUGAUGCGCUCAUCAUCUUCAGCGGCUGCUAUCUCGGCGACUUCCCCAUGGUCUCUCGCAGGCUGCACGAACGCGAGCGGCGCUCCAUCCGCUCGGGGUCCGUCUACGUCUUCGACGAGACCAAGGCUGGAAUCAAACGCUGGACGGACGGCCGGGUCUGGAGCCCAUCCCGAAUCCUCAACAAUUUUCUGGUCUAUCGGGAGAUCGACCAGAAACGUCCGACCGCCAACACUAAUAACCCCGGCGGCUCGGCUAGCAAUCCUUCCAGCUCUACCGCUGGCCCCCCUCCAACCACUUCCGCCCCAACCACCAAUACCGCCCCCAAACAUGAAGAAGACAGUGGCAAUCACCUCAAGAGCGCCACCACCUCUGCCGCUUCCCACCAUCCAGCCGGACCAUCCCAAUCCAACUCUCAGUAUAACCGCCAUCAUUCAACCAAUCCCGCUGGCCACUCUGCUAGUCAGACUGAAAACCGCAAUUCCAAUCAACAUUCGUCUUUGGACUCCAAGUCUAGCAUUCCAAAGGAUGAGAAUCAAGAGCAAACCCAAGCUGCAGCUGGUGAAAACUCAGAUCCACCAGCUUCAAAUCAACGCCCAAUGAAUCGUGAACGAGAACGAUCUCUGGUCGGCAGCUUGACUUCAACCUACAAAUUCCGCCAGGAUGGUCUGGUGAAGAAGACAAUCAGUAUUGCUGGGAUGCAUAUGAUCAGCUAUUAUAAGCUUGAUGACGUAGUUUCUGGUCGCCUGCGUACCCCGACCUCCCAUGCGAGUAUGCUUCACAUCCAGAUCGUAGCGCACUUGCUCAACCCAAGUUUUUAUAGGGCCCCUCCUCAAUACUACAUGUCCAACGGGCGUAUAUGGAUCCAAGAAGAAGGCCCCGAAGAGACCACAUCGAUCCCUAGCACCGUCAGUUCCGCCGCUCCGUCACUCCACAACGUGCCCAGGCAUGGUGCCUUGCCCCUGCCUGCGUCUGGAUCGACUUCUUCUAAUCCUCCUCAGGCCAUUCGCACCACGCAUCCACCAGCUCGCCCCGACGCUUCAGAGGGAAUCACCUCCGCCGCGCUCUCCCGGCCAGGCUCAUCGGACAGCUCGACCGGCUCACCAAGUGCCGCAUCACCCACAUCACCCCAUUCAUUUCUUCUUCUAUCUACGUCUAAUCUCAACAACCCAGGUGCUGCACCCCGCAGCCCGGUCAUGAACACCGUCGGAGGCCGACCCAGCUUUCCUCGCGUCCACAACAGCCACAAUACGUCCACAUCAUCCGGUUCCGGUCCCCUUGGCCGGUCAUCCACAAUGAGCGGAGCCUCCUCGACUCGAUACGAGCCUUACCCUCGAGCCGCCCGCUCUCCGCCGCUCUCCGCUUCAUCUACGACCAACAGUACCAUGACCGAUCAGCAGACUUCAGUGCACUAUUUCAGCCCAAAUCAAACCACAGGUGGUCUCAACGGCUAUUCAACUCACUCCUUUCUUUCCGACUCCCACGCGUCACCACUCGUUGGCUCAGACCAACAACCGGGCAAUAAUCGUAAUACCCGUAAUGAUUCAUCGGCUAACGACGGUCGCAAUCUGGAGUCUGUUGGGCAAGUUGGUGGCUAUGACGAAUCAGCAACCUAUCGACCCGCCACCUCGACUAAUGUUGGGGGUGAGUGCCUCUACACCCAGUAUACUAUCACUGACCCGGCCAACAACUCACACCGAUCGUCGUCAGUCCCACCACCCUCGUAUGGACUGCCAUCGAUCAAUCGGCUCGGCGCCAGCGGCCAACCGGGCUCGCCGUCCUCGAGCACAGGGACACGGACGAUUGGCGAUUAUCAAUUCACAGGCUCUUCCAACCAGCCACAAACCAGUAGAUUAUCACCAGCAACUGGCAGCCACGGUGGAAGCUACGGUGGCUAUCUCUCGCCGGCGGUGGCGGACAACACAUUCCGGGGGACCACCGGCGGGUCUGCACUGCCGGAGCGUGAAAACCACGCGUACGGCUCAUCGUCCCACUCGACAAACUCGCUUACAAAUUCUUCCGGCCAAGCCUCCUCCGCCGCUGGCACGCAGUCCGGCUCGUUCCUCUACCCCCCGGCAUCGACUAGCCCGAACUCGAGCUAUCAGUUCAACAACCCCGCUCGCCGUGGAUCUGCUAUGGCCACCCUGUCCGGAGAGAUCAGUAACAGUAGUGCCGAUUCGGCGCGGGGUGGGCCGAGGAUCAACAGUCAGAACAGGCCCAAUGGAAGUGGCCUGCAUAUGAGUGAGAAUAGCAAUGGAGCUUCACAUUGGGGUCAGAUGGGUUCCUCUCACGCGAUGAAAAAGGAAGAAGGUGCCGGUGGAUGA